UCAUUCAAUGGCCGGGCCCCUUUUUGGGGACUCUUCCUCCCUCCACUCCACCAUGUUCAUCUCGCUCCCUCUCUCUCUCUCUCUCCAAUUAUCUUUCGACGGCUCUCUCAUCUGAGCUGGGUUAGUGGUUGAUCGUUCAUCCCAAGCAUUGAGUUGACAGUUUCCUCCUCCUCCUCCUCCUCCUCCUCUUAUUCCUCGUCCUCAUCUUGUCUCUUUCCCUCUCCCCGGCAGCUUCUUCCGCCCCUGCAGCCCGCCGCAUCAUUGACCGGAGCAAUUGGUAGAGAUGGCAAUUAGGAUGAAUGAGAAACAAAAGAAUGCGGAAAUCUUCAGCUAGUUAUGCUUUUUGGAGGUAGACGUGAAACCAGGCUAACUUGUGAAAACUAAGGUGACAGAGCAGAUAUUCAGUUAAGGAGGGGAUACAAACAGCCAAAAAUGUUUAGUAGAUGGUGGUUGUCUGGCGAGUUGAAACGAAGCAUGUCGAAUAUGAUAUUCGCUGGAAGAAAAACAGUGCCUUGUUUGGGAUCAAGGGGUUUCAUUGAUUAUGGAUUUUCUGACGUCCCUUGCUCUACCUCUUCUUCAACAUACAAAUCAUCCUCAGUGUCAUCUAGUAUCCCUCCAAGAGUCUCAAUUUACAGCAUCUUAGGCAGGACAUUGUCGACUUCUUCAUCCCAAUCAAAACCAGCGGCUAAUCUUGUCGAUUCACCUCAUUCAGCUUCUAAUAAUUCUUCAGCAGAGAAAGAUCCUAUGACAUUUGGAGAAGCCAAGAAGCUGAUGAGGCUGGUGAAUGUAGAGGCUCUUAAGAAGAAGCUCGGGAUGGAGGAGAAGGAGGUUAUUGGAUAUAAGGAACUUUUGGAGGAAUGCGAGAGAAUUGGUGUUACUAAAUCUCCACAAGAAGCAGCUGCUUUUGCCCAGGUCCUUGACGAAGCUGGCAUUAUUCUUCUCUUCAGAGACAAGGUCUACCUUCACCCAGAUAAGGUAGUUGACCUUGUGAGGAGAGCAGUCCCACUUGCCCUCACUCCCGACGAUGAUCCAAUGAGGGAAGAGCUGAAGAAACUUCAGGAGAAGAAGGAAGAAAUUGAUGUUCUGGCGCAUAAACAAGUCCGCCGCAUCCUCUGGUCGGGUCUAGGUUUUGCACUUAUGCAGGUCGGACUUUUCUUCCGUUUGACCUUCUGGGAGUUCUCGUGGGAUGUCAUGGAACCUAUCGCCUUUUUCACUACGACCACUGGCCUAGUGAUAGGAUACGCCUACUUCAUGUUCACUUCUAGAGACCCCACCUACCAAGACUUAAUGAACAGGCUGUUCGUCUCGAGGCAGAGGAAGCUGCUCAAGAGACAUGGCUUUGACGUCAACAGGUUUGUUGAGCUGCAAAGGAAGUGCAAAUCGCCUCUCGACGCAAACACCUCUAUUAAGAACCGGGUCGGGAUGGACGUGGGCUUGGAAGAUGCCUUGCACAAACAUUAAUCUCUGUGAUCAGGGAAACCAGAUCUCUAAGGGCCUUCAGUUCCAAUCUUGUUGCAUUGUUGUCCCAAUCAGCUGCCAAACUGGAGAAUUUUUCUGCAACAUUAUUACCAUGUUGCAAUACAACUAACCAUCCACUUAGUUCAAGCUAAAUUGACAUGAAGAUGAAUUUUUGAGGGGUUGAGGUUCUGAAAUGUGUCUAUGAAAAUGGAGGCGAAGAGUAAUCUCUGCUUCUAAUUUGGUUUUUCUUUCGGAAUAUGUGUAUGAGCGAAAUUUUUGAAACUUGCUCGUGCUCGAGGGGGAUAAUAGGAAUAAAAUGAAAUUCGGUUUCACUC